AAGCUGCUGCUCAAAGAGGAGGACAUGACCAAAGUGGAGUUCGAGAGCAGCGAGGAGGUGGACAUGACCCCCACGUUCGACACCAUAGGCCUGCGGGAGGACUUACUGAGCGGCCUCUAUGCCUACAGGUUUGAGAAGCCUUCAGCAAUCCAGCAGCGCGCUAUGAAGCAGAUAAUUAAGGGGAGAGAUGUCAUAGUACAGUCUCAGUCUGGCACCGCCAAGACGGCCACCUUCAGCAUUUCAGUCCUCCAGUGCUUGGAUAUCCAGGUUCGAGAAACCCAGGCUUUGAUCUUG